GGACGCGCCGUAAGUCAACUUGGCAACGCUGACUGGAGGAAGGGAGGAAGGAGGGAGAAGAUGUGGGAGAUCAAGGUGGGAUCGACCGUGCUCCUGGUCACCUUCCUGGCCAUGACCUGGGCCUACCUGUCCGGUGCUACCCAGGUGGUGCAGAGCACGGACCUCACCAAGUACCCCAUCAACGAACGACUCACCCAUUACCGACCUCAUGUGAACGACCCAAGGCGCCCGAAUCGCUACGACCUGCCCGGCAACUUCCCCAGGUGUAACUUCAACGCCCAGUGCACUUGUUCCAACACCGGCCCGGACCUCGGCUUGGUGUUUUGCGACAACGUGGAGCUCGGCCGCGUCCCCGAGGAGCUCAACAACACCAAGAUCCACACGCUCACCCUCCGCUCCAACAACCUGCGCGGCCUCGACGAGUAUGCCUUCUACAGCACAGGUAUGUGGCGACUCGAGGUUCGCCACAACUCGCUCCUGGAGAUCCCCGAGAAGGCGUUCCACGGGCUUGAGCGGUCACUGUGGGAGCUUGACCUGCAGUACAAUGACCUGACCCGCCUCCCCCGCGACUCCUUGAGGAAGCUACGGAAACUGAAGACCCUGGACCUGACUGGUAACUUCAUCUCAGACUUGACAGUAGAGGACUUCCAGGGCUAUGAGAGCUCCCUGCAGACCCUCGUGCUUGCUGAGAACUCCCUCACAAUGAUCCCAGAGGGCAUCUUCCGCACCCUGGACACCCUGCGCACGCUGAACCUCCGCGGGAACAACAUCCUCAUGAUCAACUCUCAGGCCUUCAAUAAAGUUUCCACCCAACUGGCACACAUCAAUUUGGCCAACAACCUCCUGCGCAGUAUUCCCUACAAGGCCAUCUCUGAGGUCCCCAGCCUCCAGACUCUCAACCUUGGCAGAAACCGCAUCUCCCUCACCUUUGAUGUCCUCUUCACUGGCUCACUCUCCAUGGACACUCUCAUCUUGGACUUCAAUCAGAUUGAAACUCUACCGCCAUACUCCUUCCAAAACUUUGGAACAGUGAACCGCACCUCACUGAGAGGCAACCCGCUGAACAACAUUGAUGACGAUGCUUUCAAGGAUGCCAAGAUCAAGGAGCUGUACCUCCAUGACUGUGACAUUUGGAAUAUUGCUGACAAUGCCUUCAGGGGCCUGGAGUCCACCCUGCAGACACUUGACCUCAGCUACAACAACCUCUCCUUCAUUCCCGCUCAAGCCAUUGACCGGCUGGAGGCACUCCGCUCACUCUCCAUCAGUAACAAUAAGCUAACUCUAGACCCCACCGAAGCCUUUAAUGGCUUCCGCUACACCCUGCAGUACCUCAACCUGCUUGGUGACAACAUGGGAACCAUCCCCAUGGAAAAACUCAAGGAGAUGCGUAAUGUGCGCACCCUGGGCCUCAGCACCCUCCCUGACUCCUCACUCUCUAAGAAGGAUUUUGAGGGCUUUGGUCCUGCUGUGGAGAAGCUCUACCUUAUGAAGAAUGGCAUCACUGGAGUCUCUGGGUAUGCCUUUGAGCAUGUCCCUGGAGUCAAGAUCCUUGACCUCUCCAACAACAGGAUUGGGUCCUUUGACAAGGAGGCCUUUGCCAACAUUGGGGGUGGCCUGGAGGAGCUGCGGCUCAGCAAUGGCCUGUCUAUGAGCACCCUGCCACCUCAGCCCAUGCAGUACCUCAUCAACUUACGUCGACUUGACCUGAGCAAUAAUGCCCUCACCACCGUCAGUGGCGAGUGCUUCCGCUACAUGCGCAACCUUCGUACCCUCAACCUGCAGGACAACAAGAUUGGUGAGCUGACGCGCCAACACUUCCAGGGACAGCACCACCCCUACCUUGAGUCCAUCCAACUUUCCUUCAACUCCAUCCAGAAGAUUGAGCCAACAACCUUCCAUGACUACAAGAACCUCAAGUAUCUCUACCUUGAUGACAACCAAAUCUCCAAGAUUGAGCGCUCUGGCUUCUCCAACCUUGAACAUCUGGAGCACCUGGACCUGGAGGGAAACAACAUCCGCACGCUGGGCUACGAGGCAUUCCAGAACAUGCCCAAACUACGCUACCUCGACCUGUCCUUCAACGAGAUGGAGAACCUCAACCUGGAUGCCUUUGACCAGGUGGGAACCCUCUCCACCCUCACCAUCGAUGCCAGCCACAACCGCAUUCCCUACCUCAAGAUGAACGGCUCCAUGUGGAACUCCUACGCCAGUAUCAAGAUGAUCGACUUCAGCCACAAUAACAUCUCCUGGAUCUCUCGGGAUUACUUUGAGUCUGUCCGCUCCUCCAUCGUCCACCUCUGGUUCCACCACAACAACCUCAGGAACAUCAGUGCCAGUGUGUUCUCCAAUUUCCCUCAGUUGCAGCUUCUGGACUUUUCUCACAACCGCAUUCAUGAGAUCGACCACGAGGCUUUCAGAGACACACGGCGCCUUCACUACGUCAGCCUCCACCACAAUAACCUGAUGGACCUUCCUCCCAGUCUCUUUGAGAACCACAACCGUCUCCACUACUUUGAUGCCUCCUUCAAUGAGCUACGAAGUGUUCCGGACAGUUUCUUCAAAGACACGCCUCUAGAGAUCUUCCGUGCCCACCACAACCGCUUCACCAAGUUCCCUGACUCCACCCUGGAGCGUUGUGCAGAAACGAUUCGGGUGAUUGAUGUGGCAUACAAUGAGAUCGAGUCCCUCACCGAUGCCAUGAUGGGACGCUUUGAUAACCUCGUGUCUCUUGAUGUCUCCCACAACCACAUCAAGACCAUUGAGACUCGCUCCUUCCGUGGCACUUGGCACCUCCUGGUCCUGGACGUCUCACACAACCCAGUCAAGGACCUCCAGAGCUACACCUUCGAUGGGCUGCAGGACUCCCUCAUGAACCUGAGCGUGGCCAACACCUCCCUCAGCUCCGUGCCAGACUUUGACCUUCCCCGCCUCAUGCACCUCAACGUAUCCCACAACGUUAUCUCCUUCCUGCCUUCCAUCACCAUGGCCAACCUCACCUCCAUCAGGGUUCUGGACAUCUCCUACAACGAGCUCCCAGUGCCCUCCAACAGCGCCUGGCAGAUGCUUCCCCGCCUGAGGGAGCUGUACAUGCAGAAGAACCCCAUCCGCUCCCUCACCAAUGACUCCUUCACUGGCCUGGAGCGACUUGAGGUCCUGGACAUCCGUGACUUCCCCCUGCAAGGCUUUGAGGCCGGGUGUCUCGCCUCCAUGCCCUCACUGCGUCGCCUCUACAUGACAACUCACCCCAACAUCGCCAAGUUCAACCUCGCCAAGGCACUACAGAACGUGCCUUCACUGCAGGAACUGAACCUUGAGGUUGAUGGAACACUUGGCAAGGAGCUCCUGAAGCACAAGUUGCCGUACCGCCUCACUAACAUCACACUCAUGGGCCCACGCAUGCGUCAAAUCAGCCCUCAGGCCCUCCAGGAGCUGCGAGCCAGAGAACUUCAGCUGACCUUUUACCACACCAGAAUGGAGGAGGUGCCGCGUGAUGUCUUCAAGAACCUUGGCCGUGUUAAAUAUGUGUCGGUGGCUGCCGUCAACAACAGCAUGAAGAAGCUUGGUGAGCCCUCCACCACUGGCUACCCUGGCACUCCCAACUCUGUCUUCCUUACUGACCUGCGCAUGCAUAACAAUGACUGGAGCUGUGACUGUGGCAUUGGGUGGAUUGAGCCAUGGCUGAAGAAGUGGCGCCAGUCCGUCUGUGUGGACCGAGGGCACAUAGAGGAGUACCUGCGCUGCCAGGACACAGUGCAACGCCUGCGGGAGACACCCUGCAGCAACAAGAAGAAGUCCAUCAUGGAGGCUCUCAAGACAGACUUAGAAUGUAGCUCUACUGCUGCUUCUUCCCCUGUGGCCCCUUCCUGUCCCCUCCUUGCCACGCUCCUACUCUCCCUCCUCUUCCUCCUCAGGGCACCCUAACUACUGUGUGGGUCAGUGACACAGGGACAGACCUGCUUUGGCCUGUCGUCCAGAGGAUUUUGUAAUGUAGAAUAUGUAGAUGUUGAGUCCUUCUGUACCAUUCAUGGAAUCAGGACACCCACAGGACAUGGGUUGGGUUAGUGCCUGAAGAACAUUGCAGAUGCUCUCUCUCCCCCAGACUAUGAGGAACACGAUUACACACAUGAAAGAAAAUUGAAAAAAUAUCUUGUCAGGAAAGCUGGCAAGUCAAAAAAGUGUUGCUGCUGAAAACCUGUCGAGAAAAAGAUCAGCUCACAUUACACCCACAAGAAGCUAAUAGUGUGACUUUUAUCUUCCAGUAACAAAGACCUAACUCCCUGACACUCUCACAGAACAACAAUGGUUAGCCAGGCAUUCAAGAAGCAACAGCCUCAUCUGGAUGGCAAAGUCUCUCAUCUUUUAUUAUAUAACAUAACAACAGACCAUAUUCAGGUGACCCCUUACAUUCAUGGAACUCACAUUCACGAAUUUGCAGUCAGAUUUUCCAUAGAAGAAAAAGUUUUUUUCAGUAGUAAAUUCACAGCUGCCACCCAAGCAAACUUGUGAAGUCAAUUGUGGUGUUGGUUGUUCCCGGUGCAACAGCAAGCUUAAUUUUUUCACCAGCCGCUCCCUGCCACCCUUGUCCCAGCCCCCAACACUUCUUGCAAACGCCCCUAUCUUACUUUCAGUCCUUGUCACAUUGCCACCAUAACAUCAUCUCCUGCAAUCCUAACUCUUUUACAUAUUUUCAGCGCUCUCCUAUUUGCCAAAGUAACCGAGUGAUAUUAACAUGCUGUAUCAUGCCAAAAAGGUAAUAAGUGCAAUUUCUGUGUCUUUAGAGUGUGUCAAUUAUUCACUGAAAAUCAACAGAUGUAGAAGUCAGUGUCCCUUAACCCCCAUGAAUGUGGGGAGCCACCUAUUUAAAGGUUCCAGUUACACUUAUGAAUAAAUGCAGAAAUACUUACUAUCCCCCACCUGCUGAUAGAUGUCACAAGCAGAGAAGUGCUGCCAUGCUUGGCACUCUAAUCUUCUCCCCAUCAUAGGUGUGAGAAGCGGUGGAGAAGAUGAGCAGCAAGGAGUGAAGCUCCUCCACUGGUUAUGAAGAGGAAAAAUGAAUAAUUUCAGAUUCAUCUUUUCUAUCUGGGGAAGGAGCAGCCUUGAUGUGUGUUCUGAGUGAGCAAGAAAAUUGUUUGAACUGUGUAUGCUUUGGGUUUCCUCCUCCUUCUCCUCCUUGAUCCUUGUUUCUCCUAUGACCUACUUUAUUUCUCUAUCUGAGGUCAGCCAUAGUCACCUUUCCAUUCCUCUAAUACUUCUAAUAGUUCCUGUACUUCCUGCUUUACCCCUGAGAUUGCAUUGUUAUCAAAAUCCUGUGUGGGUUUCUGACUUAUAUGAUGCUGUAUAAUUUCCCUCCUCUCUCUUAACUUAAUUCUCUUCAACUACUACUACUACUACUGCUGCAGCUCCUUCUCUUGCUAUUGCUGCUACUUCUACUGUUGCUGCUAUUACUACUACUACAACUACUUAAAUUAAAUAUAGUUAGUUGAUGAAGAUAAGAUAUUUUCCUGCCAUACUAUUUUGUAUUUAACUAUUAUAGUGUGUAUGAUGGCAGUUGGCCCUGGUCGUGAUAUACAUGCAUAUAUAUAUAUAUAUAGCAUAUUUAUUUUUCAGUUUCUCAAAUGGAUUUGAACCUCUCACUACCUUACCUUACCUUUUGUAAAUACCUUUUUUAAAAGUCGUCGUUGUUCUGGUCAUGACAUGUAGGAGCUCGAUCCUUUCAUGGGAAGAAGAAUUAUAAGUUGUAAAAUGAAAGGGCAUUCAGCUGCAGAUCCUUCCCUCGUCUGUAUUGUGUGUUGGUGUGUCAAAGAGGCAGUGGCUGAGUCUUCCUGAGUCAUUUCAUAGAAAAAGUUCCCACCCUCUGAAAAAACACUUCCCCAUCAAACUGAAGAUGACAACAGGAGAGAUAUCCAUACCUUCAUCUCCAAAUGUCUCUCUCCAUUCCACACCUCAAGGAGAAAUGUAUGUUCUUCACUCCUGUCUGUUUCCUCAGAAAAAAAAAUCAAGAUCUUAACAGAAGAGAUCUUCAUACUUUCUUUUCCAAAUGCCUCCUCCUUUCCAUUUCACGCCUGAAGGAGGUAUAUUUAUCUCCUUUACUUGUCUCAUCCUUCUUAAUAAAGAUCUCAUGUCUUUCCCUUGUUGAACUAAAUACUUCACUCUUUCUAUUUCAUGCCUGAAUUCGGAGAUAUGAAUGCUUCCUUUACUUCUGUCAUGUCUUUCCCUUGUUGAACUGAACCCAAAAAUGUCUGUUGUUGCUCCCUCUGUAUAGCAAAAAUGUUUAGGGUUUAUAUAAGCUGUUGUCAGGAUGUUAUGUAAGGAGUGAUUAAUGAUUGUAUUUUAUUGGUCUUAAGUCUAGGCAUUCCAUAGGUAUUUAUAUAUUAUUGUCCAGCACGGUUAUUGCAGGUAUGUGUGUGUCCCAGGAGAUAGGCUGGGUUUUGUAAUGCCAAGGUGCACUCCACCUCUCUGUAUGCCUCUUUCUCCCCUGGCCAACAGUGGCCUACACUAAACAGAUUUUAUUUUCCUUGUGCAACAGUUUAUUUGCAUGUUCUAUUUAUCUUCCAGUUCUUUCCUGCAGGGUACUGUCACCUCCCACACAACAACACAUCUCCCAGAAUAGCUCUUUACCUCCCCCAUCCCAUUGAGUAAUAAUAAUUUAAUUUACCCGUAAGUAACAAUUUCUUUCUCUCAGGGUAUGAUUUUCCAAAGAAAAGGCUUAUUACCCUCACUAUAGCUCUUUCCCUCUCCCUUAGUAAGAUUUUGUCCCUCCAUGCAGCAAUACUUUUUCUCCUCCCAGGGUAAUGCUUUCUCCCCAGGGCAACUCACUCCCAGGGUAACAACACCUUUUGGCAUUUGAUGAUACCUGAGACAUUUUAUUGUUAGUAAUCUUUUUACUUCAUUCACUGUGUGUAUAGAAAUAAAAAGAUGACUAUA